AUGGAGGAUUCUCGACCUGACGCAGCAGCCGGCUCUGGUGGUCACGGAACAUUGGAGAUACUGGGCGUCAUCGACUUAUUUAAAGACAACGGUAUAGACUGCUGUGUCGUCGGAACAUCAGCCUUGAAGUAUUUUGGUGCAUGGAGGAUAAGACAUGACUGGGAACUCUGUGUACCAACUGAACUGCUAGAGAAAGCAUCGAGUCUGCUGAGAAGCGCCCCUCACGACAAAAUCUUUGAGCCCGCCAAGCAUGAACGACCUCAGAUUCAGUCACUGAUUCACACUUUUCCUCGGUUCAAGUUCAAGGGAGUUCGUCUAUUCUUUGAUCUUGUUUCUGCGCACGAUGCUCACAUCAUCUGCCACCCAUCGAACUUUGAAUGGAGCCUUAUGGGACUGCCCUAUCCCAGACUCGAGUUGUAUGCUCAGAGUCUUCUGGACACACUCAGCUGGGCCAAUAUCUCUGACUUGAUCGACGCAAUGGAUCUGACUGAAGAAUGGGGAGCGUCUCACAUGGAGCUCGAUAAGAGCAAUGAUGUCGCUUGGGCAUUGAAUAAGAAUGAGAAGAUCCGAGCAUCUGUACCUCUGACGCUGGGAUCAUGCUUUCUAGAAGUGGACGAAGGACCCAUGAACCUCAAGGAAGUCUGGAAUAAUGAAGUCCGUACGAAAGGAAAACGUCUUGGGGAGGAAACUCUGAAAGAGGUUUAUCUUACCCGAUUCCGCCCCAAAGGAUCUGGAGAUCCUCGGUUGGUGAAGAAUACGUACUGCUGA